UGGAGGAGGCCUGGCUGGAGCUAACCAAGUCGCUCCAGGGUAAUGGACAGCGUUUGAGUUGGACACGGAUUUUGGUGAAAUAAGGGUUAACAACAGUGAGACAUGGAUGACGACAGUGGCUUUAUAGAGUUUGAUGUGCCCGAGUUCAGCAAUGCUGUCAUGAAGCAGCUUAAUGAACUACGGCUGCAAGGUAAGCUCUGUGACAUUAUUGUGCACAUCCAGGGUCGGCCAUUCCAGGCGCACAAGGCCGUGCUGGCUGCCAGCUCACCAUACUUCCGUGACCACUCAGCACUUGGGACCAUGAGCGGCCUUUCACUCGCAGUCAUCAAAAGCCCUGCAGUAUUUGAGCAGUUACUAGCUUUCUGCUACACCGGCCACAUGGAGUUGCAUCUGCGUGAUGUCGUCAGCUUCCUCACAGCUGCCAGCUUUCUGCAAAUGCAGGCGGUCAUUGACAAGUGCACACAGAUCCUAGAGGGCCUCCACUCCAAGAUUACUGUGCCAGUCCCUGGCGAAACAGAAGCUGAUGAAGACCUUGAUGCUAGCGGUGGACACAACGGUGUAAAAGAAGCAGGUGUUUUCUUGAACCCAACCCAGAUUUCACCACCCUACCUCUCUAGAAAGAGCCAUCGUGGAGAGACGAGUGGUGCAGGAAGGGUAAUUGUGCACUUAGCAGAGGAAGGGCAGUCAGACAGAGGGAGCAGUGAUUGUGCAUCAGAACAGGACGUGUCCAUGGAAGCUGAGCCAGAGCAAGGGGACUUGAACGAGAGGAACGAGCAAGUAACAGACAUCCAAGUCAAGCUGGAAAAAACAGAGCGACCCACCUACUCGGACAGCUCAUCAGUGUGCGAUGAUGGGUACCACACAGAAAUGGUGGAUGGUGAGCAAGUACUAGCUGUGACCGUAGGGGCUUCAGGGCCAGUGUUGCCUCCUGCUCGCUAUACUUAUCCAGCCCUUCCCUCAUCCUACGUUCUCAGCCUAAGUCCAUCCAGUCCCUCUCGUUCAAUUCUUAGUGGAUUCCAAAGUGGCCGAGGGCGACCUAAGCGACCUGCACCACUGUCUGUUCAAACUGAUGCAGCUUCUCAAUCAAAGCUAGGAAAUGACGAAGGCGAGCCAACAGCAACAGGGGUCUUCGAGAACGACGUGAGAGAACGGGGUCUUCGCGGCCAGUGGUACCCAUUUAACGAGCGGCUCGUGUGCAUCUACUGCGGCAAGUCCUUCAACCAAAAGGGCAGCCUGGAUCGCCACAUGCGCCUACAUAUGGGCAUCACGCCAUUCGCCUGCAAGUACUGUGGCAAGAAGUACACACGCAAAGACCAGCUGGAGUACCAUAUCCGUGGCCAUACCGACAACAAGCCCUUCCAUUGCCAGAUCUGCGGCAAGUGCUUCCCCUUCCAGGGUACCCUUAACCAACAUCUGCGCAAAAAGCACAUGAUUUCUGGCACAGAGAUAAGCAACCACACAGGCUUACUAAGGGAAGCGGCAGACAACCACCGCGGGACGCCAGCUGAAAACUCCGAGGGUGCUCUCGCUGAUGACGUUUCAGGCCAUGAGGAAAGUGUUAAGUCCAGUCCCCAAGGAAGCCCAUCCACAUCUAGAGCUGAUUAUUAAGUAAUCAGUUUUGGCAACCAAGGUUGCUUGGUUUUAUUAGUCAGAGGAGUUGAUCUGAAACCUGCCUUGCACACGUUCUACUCAUUGGCCUAGUAAUCUGCUCACGUAAGACGCAAUUUCAAAAGAGGGUUUUUUUUUUCAGAAAGGCAGGUGUCGUUUAGUCAAGCCACAGGAUUAAGUGGACAUUAUCAAGGGCCUCUAUUUUUUUUUUUUUUUUUUUUUUUUAAAUAGAUAAAUAUUUUC